ACAUUUAAACAUGGCAUGAUAUCUACGAUUGACGUCAUUAUUUCAGAAUGUCCACAGUGCAUUCACAUUGGAUGGAAGCUGAUCAACAUUCCCGCCACGUUUGCUGACUCCGUCAACCAAAUGUUGGACUCUAUUUUGGGUGGGCAAAACAACACAGCCUGCUUGGGUAACACAGCGGCUUCUCAAAUGUGCAACUUUACCGUCGUGAAUGGCACCAUUGUCUGCGACAGAAACAAUAUUAAAGUAACCGCAAUUGGGAUGACCGCUGCCAACCUUCCUGAUGCGGUUAUGGAGAUGUCCGUCGUGACCAGAGGUUGUAUAGUCCUUAUGGGUGACACCCCGAAAUGCACACCGAUUCUUGACCUCGUCGAGGCCGAGCAGAAAGCGACCUUCCUCUCCCCGCUAUCAUCGUUGUCUGCCCAAUUUAAGACAGUCCAAUACAAUGGGCACCAUUGUCAGUCGGUUGACGGCUCCACAUGGCCCAACAUCAAUGACAAGGGAAGUUCUGGAAACAGUUUGGGGUUAGCUAGUAAUCUUAUGAUGACGUGUUUGUUGAUUCUUCGAUUUUAUGAGUAAAAACAGUACAACUCUGCAAA